CGUGCAUCUGCAUUGGAGGGUGGUCGACAGCAACACGGUCAAAUUCGCGCUGCACAUGAGCAAGGGCAUCGAAACGGGCAAGGGGUGGUUCGGCGUGGGUUUUUCGAGCAACGGCAAGAUGAACGGCGAUGCGAUCAUCGCGGACAGCAUGCGCGCCGGCGCGCCCAAGCUACUGACGCUCGUCGGCCACACCAGCAGGAGCGACGCGACUGGGUGGACGCCGACGGGACUGAAGAUCACCAAAAACCCCCGGGGUACCACCAUCGAGUUCACUCGCACCACGUCGGACGGCGAGGAGGUGGCGCUGAACCCCUCGGGCAACAACUACAUCACGUGGGGGUUCGGCCAGACCACGUGGGCAAAGACCAAAGGACACGUCUACGC